UACCACAUAUGCUGAUAACGGUGGCAAACAAGAAUGAAGACAGGAACGAACAGAGAACUUGUACAUCCACAUAACGCAUUUCCGAUUCCGCCUAUACCAAAGAAUAUCACCAUUUUCUGUUCCUCUCUCUCCAUAAGGAAUAUGAGACACAAAACCCAUAUUCCAUUUGUAUCCCAUCGAUUGAUUUAGGGGUGACGGCGGUGGAUAAUAGCGGUGAUGGUGUUAGAUCUGAAGAUGGAAACGGCGGCGCUAUGUAGUGAAGAGAAGGAAGAGUGAGUGAGAGAGAGAAAAAAACUGAAAUGAGUUUUAGGAAAGUAAACUCGGGUCGGUUUUUCCUAGGGAGAUUACCGUAACUACCCUUGUAUGCAUAUGGUAAAAUUAUUUCACUUGUGCUGUGUGCAAAGGGCAAACCAGCCCAUAGGUCCCAAACCGCUUGUCCUUCAAAAAGCAAAUAUUUUGGGUACACGAAUCAAACAAGGAAGAGGAGUUUGUUCUUUGCAUUGGGGCAUCCAUCCAUCUGGAAGAAAUAUUUCGUAUUGUUUCAGCUCCGUAAGUGCUUUGCAAAAUCCAUUUGUGUCUAGUGUUGUAUUUAAUUUGCAACCCCAAUUUGAAUUAUUAGGUUUUGGAUUGAAUAAGGUCUGGGCAAAUUAGCAAAAUGACUAAUUGGGGUUUUAAGAAAACACUUCACAGGGAUCCAUUACUAGUGUUAACAAAUCACUGAAGUUGAUUGUUGUUGUAACUUGUUUAUAGUAGUCCACAUUGGCGAGGUUAAAUUUUCAAUCUAGAAUGUUAUAUUGGGAAAUUUGAUGAAACCCAAUGUAGGAUUUUGUGUUGCGGACCGAGCUUUUACAGCUUCCCAGGGGAGGUGGUGACUGGCGAGGAGUUGUCUAAUAGUAGGAGAAUGUAGAGGAAGGUUUCAGUUUAAGAAAUUGUGGAAUUACUGGGGAAACUACGAAGAAUCGGGUAAUACUGGAAUUGCUGGUGAAAUUUAAUUGCUCUUACAGCUUCCCAGUAGAGGUGGUGAUUGGCGAGGAAUCGUCUUGUCUUAUGGUAGGAGAAUGCAGGGAAAGGUUUCAGCUUAAGAAAGUGUAGAAUUAAUGGGGAAACCAUGAAGAAUCUGGUAAUACUGAAAUUAUUGGCAAAAUUUAAGUGCUUUAUGAGACCGGACCGAGCUCUUUUGGCUUUCCAGUGGAGGUGGUGACUGGCGAGGAGUUUUCUUAUGGAAGGAGAGUGCAGGGAAGGUUGCUGGCUUUGAAGUGAUGUUGAAGUAUCUACACAUGCUGGGGGAUAAGGUAAUGAGGUGAUUUUUUAUUACUUCUUUGCAUUGUUCUCUUUGACCCCUUAUAAAACUGUUUGUUUGGUAUGGCAUUGCCAACCCUAUCAACAUUCUGUGUCUUAGUGACUUUCAAUUGUUUCUAGCUGAUUAAUUUUAGUGCUUGCAUAGUUUUCGACCUCUUGAAAUCACGUCACUAGGUAGUUGUUUACAUAGUUUCAAUCCCUUGAAAUCACAUCACUAGACUGUUAAUCAUGAUAUAGGAAUAUACCCUUCCGAAACAAACAGUUUUAGGGUGUCUGGAUGUCUUCUUUGGCAUUUCAUGCAUCUGAUGAUAUACUCUAUGCUACUGGUAUCUUUUGGAGUGGUUCACUACAUUGAAUCAGCUUGAGGAAUUCCUUCUUUAAUUUUUCGAUUUUGAUUGAGACGUACAAAGAUAAUGCCAAUGCCACGGAUGCUUACAAGAGUACAGGUGUGCAACUUUCAAGUUGUUCUGUAUUUAACCAUUUUUGUCAGGUGGCAUAAUAAUGAAAAUUUCACUUAUCAAACUAUAUUGGGCAUUUUAGUCUAUCCACCGCUUUGUAACUCUUGAUUCUUUUCCAUUUUCCCCAUUUAACUGUUUCAUUCACUUAUUUGAAGUUUCGGAAUGACUAGUUAAGGUUCUUUGAUUAAUAAUCACAAAAAUAGAGCUAUGGAUGUUAUGUUAUCUCAAGAGCAGUGAUGGUUGAAAGGAAAUUGAUCUUUGAGUCUGCGCUCAUGCUGCGUUUCCUUUAGCUCAAGCUCGAAAGUCGAAAGUAAGUCUUCCUUUCAGUAUCUACUUUGGUAUAAUUUGUGGUGAGUUCCCUUUUGGUGAAAACCAAUAAUCACUGUGCUCUGAAAGACUCUUUUUACGCUACUUGAGUUUGUCGAGGUAUUAUCUGCUCUUUUUCUGGGGCAUUUUUCAAGUGUGACUGUGUUCUUGCAAAAAGUUAGGCCCUUUCCUAGUGCAAAGUUGCUAACAUGUUCUAAAUUUUAAUAAUUUUUUUUUAUUCUAAAAGCAUCAUAAAAGCAUAUUCUUUAUUUUUAGCAUUGUCAUCUCAAGAUACCAUAUUUAUAAACCUCUGAUUGAAAUGUUCUAACCCAUCAAAAAAGUUAAACUACUGCUAAAUAAAUCAUGAAUAUGGUUCUUGUCAAGCUAGCGCUUUCAGCUUUCCACUUCAGGUGGCAACGGAAGUCAAGGAAACCUUACAAAGGGUUGCGUGAAAGGCCUAAAACAGAAGAAUGACAAGAAAUAUUACUCAAAUCUAGCAUUUUCAUGCUAUGAUGGUUACAUGAAACCUAAUUUCAAUACCAGGUCAGCUAUUGGUCAACCGAGAUACUACGUCUACAGCCCCGUUACGAAGCAUUUCAAGGUAUUGUCUAGACCUCAAGUGAAUGAACAUGGUUACCUUUGGAUUUGCAGUGCUAGCUUAGCUUUUGACCCUCUCCAAUCACCUCAUUACAAAGUUGUUUGCAUUUGGAGAAACGAUAUGGUUAAUCAUCAUAUUGAAAUCUACUCUUCCAGUACAGACUCUUGGUGGGUUUCUGGAUGUCCUGUGCCUGCACCUAAAAUUAUGUUCUACACUUCUGGUGUAUUUUGGAAUGGUUCAUUGCAUUGGAUAAGCUUACGGAAUUUUUCCUUUUAUUUUGAUAUUGAUCAAGAUUUAAUAAAGGUAAUGCCAAUGCCACCUACCAAUCCUGGAAUUGAUAAAAUUAGGGUCGAGUAUUUUGGGGUCUGCCAAGGUCAUUUGAACCUUAUUCAGACGAGUGGUUCCAGCAUAACUAGAUUUGACAUCUUGGAGAUGGAGAGUGAUUACAGUGGGUGGAAUGUGAAGUAUCAUGUUAAUCUUGAAGCAUUAACAGCUUUAUACUUCGAAAGACCAGAGUUAUUGAAUCAUUCUAGAUUCUCAGUAUUACUUGUUCAUGAAGAAGAAGAAUCAUCGUCAUUGGUGUUACAGAUACAAGAUAAGAUCAUUUCUUAUGAUAUCAGGAGCUGCAGGUUCAUCAAACUGCAUGAUUUAUCACAAAUUCAUGGAAAUGUUUCGAAAUUGUACCGAUAUUAUGAUGCCUAUCAAUAUAUUCCGACACUUUCAAGUGUUUGAUUACUGUAUGCCUUUAUUUUGUGUGUGUAUAUCAAUGUAUUUGUUUGAACCAAGAAGUUUGUGUACUAUUAAUACAAUGGCUUGUGUUUUGUUCCCA